AUGAGCACACAGAAUUUCAUCCUUGUCAUGUCUGGCAAAGGAGGAGUUGGAAAAUCCACAACCGCAGCGAAUAUAGCACGCGCUUAUGCAGCUAAAUAUGGAAAAGUUGGUCUCUUAGACUUAGAUUUGACUGGACCAUCGAUUCCUACUUUGUUUGGUAUACAAGAUAAGGAAAUCAAGAGCAGAAAUGGAAAGAUGGUACCACAAGUUGUUGAUGGCGUUCAAAUUAUCAGCCUUGGACUGAUGCUUUCCGAUCCACACGAUGCAGUUAUUUGGAGAGGACCAAAGAAAUCUGCAAUGAUUAACCAAUUCUUCCAAUUAAUCGAAUGGGAUUGCAAUACUGUUAUUGUAGAUCUUCCACCAGGUACAAGUGACGAGCAUUUAUCAACAUUUGAUGUUUUGAAUAGAAAUAACUUUUCAUACUCAGUUAUAAUAGUUACCACACCAAACGUUCUCGCAGUUGCCGAUGUGAGGAAAGGUAUAAACCUUUGUCUGAAAGUUAAUGCUAAGAUUAUUGGUAUAAUAGAGAACUUUUGCGGUGUUGUAUGUCCAUGUUGCAACAAAGUAUCACCAUUACUAGGUGACAAAGCAGCAGAAAUCAUGAGUGAAGAACUUCAGUUAGAUAUUUUAGCCAAAAUACCGUUCUUACCACAAGCUGCUUCUGCUGCUGAUAAAGGUGAGAAAAGCGAUGUCAUUCUUUCAUUCUUCAAUGAAGUAAUUGAUAAAAUUUUUCCACAACAAAAAGCAGCUCAAUAA